AUAUUGCCCUCUUCGGUUAAAUGAAUAAAACUAUAAACCCUAAUUUCUUGUCAAAAUCCCUAAUUCAUCAUAACCGAAAAUCGCAAUUUUCUACUUUUCAGAUGCUCGGCAAUGGCCGAAAUAGUAGAAAUUGACGGUCAGUCGGAACGAAAUACCAACGAAUCCACCCUAAAACCGCAGCGGAUAAAAAUUACUAGAGGUUCAGACGAUGGAGACAAAAAGAUUUUACAGACGAGACUCAAAGAUGUUGAAAUCGGUGUUCCGAUAGUGUAUGGAACAAUCGCCUUUUGGCUUGGUAGAAAGGCCUCCGAAACUCAGUCACAUAGGUGGACGGUCUAUGUCCGAGGGGCAACAAAUGAGGAUAUUGGGGCAGUGAUCAAGCGUGUUGUAUUUCAGUUGCAUCCAAGUUUCGAAAACCCUGUUAGAGUUGUUGAGUCUCCACCUUUUGAGUUGUCAGAGUGUGGUUGGGGUGAAUUUGAAAUUGCCAUCUCUCUUUUCUUCCACAAUGAUGUUUGCGAUAAGCAGUUGGACUUGUAUCACCAUCUUAAAUUAUAUGCCGAAGAUGAAAGUGGCCCUCAGUCAACUAAAAGGCCUGUUGUCGUGGAAACAUACAACGAGAUAGUAUUUCCAGAUCCAUCUGAGAGUUUUUAUGCCCGUAUCCAGAAACAUCCUGCUGUAAUUGUGCCUCGACUUCCAGUCAUGUUAAACUUGGCCACUGAAGAUCCUAAUGGAAAGAAAGGCGAUAGCAAAGAUAACCCGUUGAGUCAAUGGUUUAUCAAUUUCUCUGAGGCAGAUGAGCUGUUAAAACUUGCCGCUGCUCGUCAGCAGGUCCAAGCCCAUAUCAUCAAGCUUAGAAGGCAACUGAGCGUCAUCGAUGGGCUGCCACUACAGUCAUGGAAACCAGGCUCUAAUUACUGACACGUAAGAUGAUGAAUCAGGGUAACUUGGGUAUAUGCCAUGGAUAUGCACAUAUAUGUAUCAGCUUAGGGCAGGAAACCUGUAAUUUGUGAUAAUCUUUGGUGUAGGCCAUUUAUUUUUCAUGCUCUCCAUUUGCAUUUGGGAUUCGAGCACCAUUUUUAUUUUGUAUUAGAGGAGAAAUUACUAUUUGGCGAAAAUGCAGUGGUAUCAUAUUGUCUGUACAACACUGAAAAUAUAAUAGCUUGCCUAUUUUCUAGAAUCUCUUUCAAGAGGAA